UCGGGAGGAUUAUAGGCACAGCGAAGGUGAGAGGGAAGAGAGGACAAGAAAACGUAAAAAAGAGGAAAGAAGGGGGUUCGACUAGAGAGAACAGUAGCCCAGUGCCUCGGACACAUAAAAGAGCAAUCUAUUAAAUAAGAAAACUGCUGUUUGCUCGCCUAGUUAAAAAUGAGUUCUAUAUGAGGCAACCCAAAAAACUGUGAACUAGAUACUGUGUUGUUACCUAUUCGCAACUCAUAGGUGGCAAUUAGAUAUAGAAGAACGAUAGCCGGCAAGGACUCUUUAUUCUCGCGUACAAAGAGUGUCCGAGAGUCAUGGGUCUUAGGACAGAAAUGAAAUUUAGCUAGCGUUACAAGCAAUCAAAGAAGAUCCGAGGGUACACAUUUAAAAGGACUGAGUGGGAUCUGUCUCAAAAGAAUGGAUUUCAGCGUGCUUCGGAAUCUCAUCCGCAGAUACUGUGCAGGAGAGGAGAACUGGGUGGACAGCCGGACCGUGUACAUCGGGCAGCGGGAGCCCCCGCCUGGGGCUGAAGCCUACAUCCCUCAAAGGUUCCCUGACAACAGGAUCGUCUCCUCCAAGUACACCUUCUGGAAUUUUGUCCCGAAGAACCUGUUUGAGCAGUUCAGACGAAUUGCAAAUUUCUACUUUCUCAUCAUCUUUCUUGUUCAGCUGAUCAUUGACACACCCACCAGUCCCAUCACCAGCGGCCUGCCCCUCUUCUUCGUCAUCACCGUUACUGCCAUUAAACAGGGCUAUGAGGACUGGCUCCGGCACAAAGCAGACAACGCCAUCAACCAGUGUCCUGUUCACAUCAUCCAGCACGGCAAGGUGGUGAGGAAGCAGAGCCACAAGCUGAGGGUUGGCGACAUCGUCCUCGUGAAGGAGGAUGAGACGUUCCCCUGCGACCUCAUCCUGCUGUCCAGCAGCCGAGAAGACGGCACAUGCUUUGUCACCACGGCCAGCUUGGACGGAGAGUCCAGUCACAAGACCUAUUAUGCUGUGCAGGACACAAAGGCCUUUAACACAGAGGAGGAGCUGGACUCCCUGCAUGCCACCAUUGAGUGCGAGCAGCCGCAGCCCGACCUGUACAAGUUUGUGGGACGCAUCAACAUUUACCAGGACCGAGACGGGCCCAUUGCAAGGCCUUUGGGAUCAGAGAAUCUGCUUCUUCGAGGAGCCACGCUGAAAAACACAGAGCACAUAUACGCUGUGGCCAUCUACACCGGCAUGGAGACCAAGAUGGCUCUCAACUACCAGUCCAAAUCACAGAAGCGCUCUGCAGUGGAAAAGUCGAUGAAUGCAUUUCUGGUCGUCUACCUGUGCAUCCUGAUCAGCAAGGCCAUGAUCAACACCGUGCUGAAGUACGUAUGGCAGGCUGACCCCAACCGGGAUGAGCCCUGGUACAAUGAGAAGACCGAAUUGGAGCGCCAGCGCCACGUGCUGAUCAGGGCCUUCACGGACUUCCUGGCCUUCAUGGUGCUCUUCAACUAUAUCAUCCCCGUGUCCAUGUACGUCACCGUAGAGAUGCAGAAGUUCCUGGGCUCCUACUUCAUCACCUGGGACGAGGAGAUGUAUGACGAGGAGCUUGGAGAAGGGGCACAGGUCAACACGUCCGACCUCAAUGAGGAGCUGGGGCAGGUGGAGUAUGUUUUCACGGAUAAGACGGGCACCCUGACGGAAAACAACAUGGAGUUCAUCGAGUGCUGUGUGGAUGGCCACGUUUAUGUCCCUCACGCCAUCUGCAACGGGCAGAUCCUGCCUGGGGCCUCCGGCAUCGACAUGAUCGACUCCUCGCCCGGAGGGGGAGGGAAGGAGCGGGAGGAGCUCUUCUUCCGGGCCCUCUGCCUGUGCCACACGGUGCAGGUGAAGGAGGAGGAGACGGUGGACGGGAUCAAACGGGGCAUCCACCAGGGCAAGGCUACCUCCUUCUACAUCUCCUCGUCCCCUGACGAAGUGGCCCUGGUGGAGGGCAUGAAGAGGCUGGGUUUCACCUAUCUGCGGCUGAAGGACAGUCACAUGGAAAUCCUGAACAGGGAGGAUGAGAUAGAAAGGUUCGAGCUCAUGGAGGUGCUGAACUUCGACUCGGUCCGGAGGAGGAUGAGCGUGAUAGUGCGCUCCAGCACAGGGGAGUACUACCUGUUCUGCAAGGGUGCCGACUCCUCCAUCUUCCCCAGGGUCGUCUCGGGCAAGGUGGAGCAGGUCCGAGCUCGGGUGGAGCACAACGCUGUGGAGGGCCUGCGCACGCUAUGUGUGGCCUACAAGAGGCUGACUCAGGCCGAGUACGAGGACGUCUGCCACCAGCUGAGCGCUGCCAAGCUCUCCCUGCAGGACCGCGACAAGCGGCUGGCGGAGGCCUAUGACACCAUCGAGAAGGACUUCAUCCUGCUGGGGGCUACCGCCGUGGAGGACAGGCUCCAGGACAAGGCGGCGGACACCAUUGAGUCUCUGCACAAGGCGGGGAUGAAGGUGUGGGUGCUGACGGGGGACAAGAUGGAGACAGCGGCAGCCACCUGCUAUGCCAGCAAGCUGUUCCGCCGCAGCACGCAGAUCCUGGAGCUCACCACCAAGCGCACGGAGGAGCAGAGCUUGCACGACGUCCUCUUCGACCUGAGCCGCACCGUCCUGAGGCAGCACUGCACCAUGACCCGUGACACCUUCUCAGGCCUCUCCAAUGACUUCCAGGACUACGGGCUGAUCAUCGAUGGGGCCACCCUGAGUGCUGUGAUGAAGCCGGCGCAGGACGGCUCGGGGAACUACAAGGAGAUCUUCCUGGAGAUCUGCCGCAACUGCAGUGCCGUCCUCUGUUGCCGGAUGGCCCCGCUACAGAAAGCACAGAUUGUGAAGCUCAUCAAAAGCUCAAAGGAGCAUCCCAUCACCUUGGCCAUUGGGGAUGGAGCCAAUGAUGUCAGCAUGAUCCUGGAGGCUCACGUAGGCAUCGGUAUCAUGGGUAAAGAGGGUCGUCAGGCAGCAAGGAACAGUGACUAUGCAAUCCCAAAGUUCAAACACUUGAAGAAGAUGCUGCUCGUUCAUGGUCACUAUUACUACAUCAGAAUUGCUGAGCUAGUACAGUACUUCUUCUACAAGAAUGUGUGCUUCAUCUUCCCUCAGUUCCUCUACCAAUUCUACUGUGGCUUCUCACAGCAGCCCCUGUAUGACACUGCGUAUCUCACCUUGUACAACAUCAGCUUCACCUCUCUACCCAUCCUGCUCUACAGCCUCAUUGAGCAGCAUAUCAACAUGGACAUCCUGAAGAAAGACCCGACUCUGUACAGGGACAUUGCCAAAAACUCCCUACUCCGCUGGCGGAUCUUCAUCUACUGGACCUUCCUGGGCGUGUUUGAUGCCGCCGUGUUCUUCUUUGGUGCUUACUUCCUGUUUGACAACACCACUUUCACCAGCAAUGGACAGCUAAUGACCACCAACACACAGAUGAUGUUUGGGAACUGGACAUUUGGGACUCUUGUCUUCACUGUGUUGGUAUUUACAGUCACGUUAAAGCUUGCACUGGACACACACUACUGGACAUGGAUAAACCACUUUGUCAUUUGGGGGUCAUUGCUUUUCUAUGUGAUUUUCUCUCUGCUGUGGGGAGGUAUCAUUUGGCCUUUCCUAAACUACCAGAGGAUGUACUACGUGUUCAUGCAGAUGCUCUCCAGCGGGCCGGCCUGGCUGGGCAUAAUCUUGCUCAUCACGGUCAGCCUGCUGCCUGACGUGGUCAAGAAGGUCCUCUGCCGGGCCCUGUGGCCAACCACAACUGAGCGCAUCCAGAAUGCAGACAAGCUGUACAAAGGUCAUCUGUCUGAGUUCACCCCGCUGACCUCUCUGCAUGCGCCCAUCCGCAAGCGCGGCGACGGCCGCAACCUCAACCCCCGAAGGUCUGAGCGCCUCUCCAAAAAACUGAUGUACACCAAGUGGGGGGGCGCCACUGACUACUGCACUUUCAGCUCCUUCCUCAGAUUUGGGGAGAGUUCCCGCCACUCCGGUGUGGGCCAUGCCUACCAGGGGGCGGGGCCUGAAACCUCAGUGUAACCCAGAUGACGCUUACUGUUACCCAUGCCUUUAACAACACACACAUGCACACGCACACACAUGCACGCACAAAUACACAGGCACACACACAGAGGGCCACCUGCUUCUGGUUGUAAGGAUAAGUACGAACAUCUUUCUGCUGGGCCAAUGGAUCAUAUGGUUCAUUCCUGUGGGCCGUCUGUGUGAUUGGAUGGAACCGCACAGUUUGGGACACCAUGACCUCUGACCCCUCAGAUACUGCAGCGCCCUCACAUGACGCCCCCCCCAUCUCCCCCCGCCUCAUGCCUUCAUCCCUCCAAGGGAUACUUGAAGCAACCUUUAGGCACCAGGAGCUCUGUGAUCAACCAUCUUUGUCUCAACGAAACAAAGGAGAAACGUUUAAUUGUGUCCUAGUGUGUUGUUGCUGGAUAUAAGCUGUCCACGUUUGCCCUGUUUGUGUCCACUCACCAAUCUUUUCUUUUCCUUUGGUUUUCUGCUCUCUCUCUUUCCUACUUCUCUGUAGAACAAACAGGUGUUGCCUCUGUGCAAAUCUUUUUUGGAGAAACACACCGUAGGACAAAGUAAUCUUACCCACUUUUCUUCGUAAGUGGCUAGCAAGUGGAUUCCCUGUUCUAUAGUGCUGCUGUUAGGAGCUGGUGUGUCUGUGCGUGCGUGCGUGUGUGUGUGUGUGUGUGUGUAUGUGUGUGUGUGUGUUCGCACAGGUCCCUGUAGUGAGAGUAAACCCAUGAUGUAACAGGGCAGUCACGUCAGGAGUUAUAACUUAUUACGUACCUGUCCAUGUUGCAUAACCACUGAAUGACUGGAAUGGGGAAGCAGAGCUGUGAUUUAUAAAAGGGUGCAUGGUUUUUAAACCACUGCUAGCAUGAGAUCUGUUGCCAUAUAUUAAUUGGAUAAUAUGGAUAAUACGUAUCCAAUAAUACUCAUUUCCAGCCUAAUCAAUUGGAGUUGUUUUGGCUUGAAAUUCCCAAAAUGAAAAAAAGGAUUGAUCUGUCCACCAUGGGUGUCUUCCAGUGAAUUGGACACACAGAGGAAACUGUCCAGUUAAUGUUCAGUUUUACUGCUACAUCUAACACAUUGGUUCACCCACUGCAGUAAGUGGAUGUUACAUAGCAGUGUCAGUUUAACUGAUAUGAUGGUACAGUAAAAAGGCUGCCAUUGGAACAGGUCAUGUGACACAAUUCUACACUUUACUGCUCUAGAUCUGUGGAUUAUGCCCAUCUCCAUGGUAGCCGGUUUGUACAGUAUUGGCACGAGAUCCAUUUCUGUGCACCGCCAAGCUCCAUGUCCCUCUUGCUUAACUGCACCAAGUGGGCCGCUUAAAAGCCAGCGUGCGCACAGGCCUGUGGCAUGAUAGAAAAGCAGGGAGAAACAUUUGUGAGGAAAUGUUUAGCCUUAAUGCAGCUUUUUCUUUGUACUACGCAGCAGUCUGGAGCCAAAGGGUAUGAAACAGGAAAUGUAAUAGACAGGUGCAGGUCCCGCACUCCUGUGUGUUUGCCUUACUGCACCCUGGGAAUGCCGAGGAGCAGGCAUCGGGCGGCCUUUGCCAGGCCUUACCUUUCCGCCUUAAGCAAGCCACUCUCACAGCGGGCAAACAAGCCGUUUUUAAACUUGGAGGUGUGUGUGGCAGGGGGAGUCAGGCAGCUUUUGCCUGGCUCCAGUUUACUGGACACUUCAGGGUCUCUCCAUCCUCUCUCUCUUCCUCUUCCCUGCUGUGUCCUACAGUCCACCAUACACUGAAACUGCCCUGUCUCCCUUACUCAACCAAUCAUAUUGCUCCAUGUUACUCAGUCGCCUGGCCCCACUUAUUUGAGAGCACUUUUAUAUGCUGCAUUUCAUUCUUUCAUAGUCUCCGAUCUUAGUUUCAGCAUUUCUGUUUUUGAUUGAAUGUGUACAUGGACCAAUGUUUUGCCUGGAGAUGGUAGAGUUAAAAAAGCACAUAAGCUUGUGCACAGGAGCUCACUGUUGUGAAAUGAAUUUGACACUGCUUCUCCUGUCCUAAUAUGUUUACACAACCAUGCCUCUAAUUACCCGCCCCAGAAUCAUUUAGACAUUUACUCCACUCUGCCCCCUCUGUCUACUCUUGUAAUUGUGUGUUCCAUUUGUGGUGUCUCAUGUCUCUCACUCUCUCGUGAACAUGUUCUUUCUUCCUCACUGUUUUUUUCUCUCACUCUCACUCUCUCUCCAUCGUGUAGUGGUGCUUGUGGAGGUCUGUUUGCAUGCCCACUGUGUCGCCUCGUCCUUGUGCUGUUUCAUUACCUCUCCUCCUCAUCUCAGCCUUCGUUUCUGCUCAUCGGCUCACUGUCGCCCUCUUGUGGCUUGGUGCUGCUCCAACACUUCGGAACAGAACACAGAGCAAGGUCAAAAAGAGAGAUUGAUGGCUUCACCUCAAAGAUCAAAGUUUUUGCAGAUAUUCUUAGCUGUUUGAUAGUAGGUGCCUUCUGGUACUCUUUAUAUUGUGUUAAAUUAAGCAAGAGAUCCAAUUUUCUGUCCUUUUUUGUAAUGGUAUUUUUUCCAGAGAGAGGGAGAAAGAGAGGUGGAGAGAUGCUUUGUGAAUGUGAGUUUGUAACCAUUCUGCGCAAGUUCUUUCUGUCUUUGUGAUUCUCCCAGAAAUAUUCUGGUCAGUAUUUCACAAUGUCAUGGCUAGUUGAAAACUUGAAAGCAAUGGUAUGAAUAUUUGGUCCUUAAGUGUUAAUACAGAUUAUUUGUAAAAUGAAC